AUAAUAUUGGUGUAGUGGACUGUGGAGUUUCUUAGUGCGAUUCGUGUAUUUGAUCGCACUGCAGGUGUAUUGUGUACAGAGAGAAAAGUAUAUUCUCAUAACUAUACACCUAAGCGUGAUAAUAUAAUCUUGAGUUGUAUUUAUUCAGUAGUUUUGUUCAAUUUGCAACUGUCAAAUUUACUAUCAUUUUUUAUUUUUAAUUCAUAUAACUGUACACAAUGUUUUUAGAAAAUCAAUUUUCAUAUUUUCAUUGAAAUGUGUUGUUUAUGUGAUUAUUUCUUUGCAAUAAUAUAAAAGUUAUUAUUUUCACUCAUCAAGGUUAACUUUUUUUGAGUUCAAAAUUGUAAAUAUUGAAGGCAGGAAAAAUAAAACGGAGGUGGUUUAUACGAUCAGGCGCAACAAAUAAUUCACGGCCGCAGGUCCGUGAAUAAAUCAUCACCUGCGUCUACAUUUUUUUUUAAUAUAAAUAUUUACACAUUUUUAUUUAAAACAUGACCAAGAAAUUUGAAUUUGAUUGGCGUAUACCCGUGCCACAACCGUUAUUGGAUGGUUGUGUAUUCGAUCGAUGGACCGAAGAAAAAGAUAACACUGAAUUGGAACCUGGAUGUAUGUUUAAGGUGGAUGAAUAUGGAUUUUUUAUUUAUUGGAAAAGUGAAGGCAGGGAAGGAGAUGUCAUUGAACUGUGUCAAGUUAGUGAUAUUCGAGCUGGCGGUGUUCCAAAGGAUAUAAAAUGGUACAAUAAUCUUCAAAAUAAACAUGGUGCAGGACAAGUUUUAGAAGACAAAUCGUUAACUAUUUGCAGUGGUACAGAUUAUAUUAAUAUCAAUUACCAGCAUGUCAUUUGUCCAGAUGCUGCAACUGCAAAGAUUUGGCAACAGGGUUUACGUGAAGUAACACACAAUAAUAAAAUUAAUAACGUUUGUCCUCGAACUAAUUUAAUGAAACAUUGGAUGAGACUUGGCUUUCUUGUCGAUCCACGUGGAAAAGUACCUGUAAAAGUGAUAGCCCGAACAUUUGCAUCUGGUAAAACAGAAAAACUUGUCUAUCAAGGAUUAUCGGAAUUGGGACUACCCUGUGGUAAAAAUGAUGCUAUUGAAAAAGAAGAUUUUACUUUUGAAAAAUUUUACGCACUUUAUCAUAAAAUUUGUCCACGUAAUGACAUCGAAGAAUUAUUCCGACAAAUUACGCAAGGGAAAGCAGAGUCAAUUAGUUUAGAUCAAUUUAUAAACUUUUUAAAUGAAAAACAAAGAGAUCCUCGUCUUAAUGAAAUUUUAUAUCCACUUUACGAUGAAAAACGUGCCCUUGAAAUCAUCACAACUUAUGAACAAAAUGAAGAAGCCUUAAAAGAAAAAAAACUAACAAAAGAUGGAUUAAUUCGAUACUUGAUGUCGGAUGAGAAUGCACCUGUAUUUUUGGAUCGAUUAGACUUUUAUAUGGACAUGGAUCAACCAUUAUGUGCUUACUAUAUAAAUUCAUCUCAUAAUACAUACCUCAGUGGGCGACAAUUUGGUGGUAAAUCAUCUGUGGAAAUGUAUCGUCAAGUUUUAUUGGCUGGUUGCAGGUGUGUUGAAUUAGAUUGUUGGGAUGGUAAGACCGAAGAGGAAGAACCUAUUAUUACUCAUGGAAAAGCUAUGUGUACUGAUAUUUUAUUUAAGGAUGUAAUUUAUGCAUUGCGUGAUACUGCUUUUGUAACAUCCGAUUAUCCUGUGAUUUUAUCUUUUGAGAAUCAUUGUUGUAAAAAACAACAAUAUAAACUAGCUAAAUACUGUGAUGAUAUUUUGGGAGAUUUUCUAUUAAAAGAACCACUGCCAGAUUAUCCAUUAGAACCAGGCGCAGUUUUACCACCUCCCAGUUUACUAAAAAGGAAAAUUUUAAUAAAAAAUAAACGACUUAAACCUGAAGUAGAAAAACAAGAACUAGAAAUGUUUUGGAAAGGAGAAUUUGUUAUUCAAGAUGAAGAAAAGGAAGAUGCAUCUGCUCCAGUUACAGAUAAAAAGCCAGAGGAAAUUGUUGCUCCAGUAAUUGAAAGUACUGCCUCUACUGAAGGCGAUGCCCCACCACCAGUCCAAUACACGGGAUCAACAACAAAUGUCCAUCCUUGGUUAUCUUCCAUGGUUAAUUAUGCCCAACCUGUUAAAUUUCAAGGGUUUGAUAUUGCAGAACAAAAAAAUAUUCACCACAAUAUGUCUUCGUUUGCUGAAACUGCUGGUUUAAAUUAUCUAAAAACUCAAGCCAUUGAUUUUGUGAAUUACAAUAAAAGACAGAUGAGUCGAAUUUAUCCAAGAGGAACAAGAGCUGAUUCAUCAAAUUAUAUGCCACAAGUUUUCUGGAAUGCAGGAUGUCAAAUGGUUUCUUUAAAUUUUCAAACUUCCGAUUUACCCAUGCAAUUAAAUCAGGGUAAAUUUGAAUACAAUGGCAAUUGUGGUUAUUUAUUGAAACCUGAUUUCAUGAGACGAGCUGAUCGAACUUUCGAUCCUUUUGCGGAAUCGCCUGUGGAUGGUGUGAUUGCUGCGCAAUGUUCUGUGCAAGUAAUUGCCGGUCAAUUUUUAUCUGAUAAGAAAGUCGGAACAUAUGUUGAAGUAGACAUGUAUGGUUUGCCGACUGAUACAAUUCGAAAAGAAUUUAGAACACGUAUGGUACCUGCAAAUGGAUUAAAUCCUGUAUAUAAUGAAGAACCAUUCCUGUUUCGAAAAGUUGUAUUACCUGAUUUAGCAGUGUUACGAUUUGGAGUUUAUGAUGAAAACGGUAAAUUAUUGGGACAACGUAUUUUACCUUUAGAUGGCUUGCAAGCUGGUUAUCGACAUAUUUCUCUCAGAACUGAGGCAAAUUUCCCAAUGUCUUUACCAAUGUUGUUUUGUAACAUUGAACUUAAAAUUUAUGUUCCUGAUGGCUUUGAAGAUUUCAUGGCGGCGUUAUCUGAUCCAAGAGGAUUUAUGGGAGCUCAACAAAAACAGACUGAUCAAAUGAACCAAAUGGGCAUUGAGGUCACAGACUCUAAAGGUGGCGACGAUAAAAAAGAAAAGAAAGCAGAAGAGAAAAAAGAAGAACCUUUAGUAUUCGAACCAAUUACAAUUGAAUCAAUACGACAAGAAAAAGGAUUUCAAAAGACAGCGAGGAAACAACAAAAAGAAUUGGAUGCAUUACGAAAAAAACAAGCAAAAGAAAAACUUGGCAUUCAAAAAAGUCAAUGUAGUGCGAUCGAAAAGUUAAUCAAGGGGAAAAAUAAAAAUGAUCUGACAAAUGAUCCAGCAAUUCGUAAAUUAGUAACUGAGCAGACAUUGCAGUGGAGUGAAAUGGCUGAACGUCAUCGAAAACAAGAGUGGGAAAUGAUGAAACAACAAUUACUUGACCAACAAGAUAUAUUAAAGAAAUUAAUGGAAACCCAACAAGCUUCACAAAUAAAACAAUUAGAAGCUAAGCAUGAUAGAGAAUUAAAAGAAAUGAACACACGACAGGCUAAAGUAUCUGUUGAGACAUCACGCGAAGUAAACAAUGACAAAACAUUAAAAACAAAAGCAGAAAAAGAAAGAAGAUUGCGUGAAAAACAACAAAAUAAUACAAAACGAUUUGUUGAUGAAAUGAAAAAUGCUAAAAUGAAGCAAGGGCGCGAAAAAGAAAAAUUGAAAGUUACUCACACAGGCCAAAUGGAUAAUUUAGUGAAUGAUGUUCAAAAGUUAAUAGAUAUGUAUAAAAAUGAAGAAUUGGAGUACGAUAUGAGUUCCAAGAGUGAAUUCUUUGUUUAAAUUUACAUUUUUAUAACACGAACAACUAAAUU